GCUGCUCAGCGGCACAUUUGGAUUCAACAGAUAACUAGUCCACAAACAUGGGUGACGAUUUGGGUGACGAGUGGUGGAAAAAUGAGGGCAAUUCAGAUGCAUCUGAGGCAGAGGGGGAGACGGAACAAGAGCAUCAGCCAACAGAAAAAACCAAGACAAAACCGGAGAAGAGGAAGAGGGUAACAGAGGAAGCUGUUAAAGCCAAGAAGAAGAAGAAGAAUAACGAGCAGAAAGCACAUGUAACUCCUCCAAAGACAGUGACUGAGGAUGAAAAAUCAGCGAAGCCCAAAAGGAAGAGGAAGAAGAAGAAAACGAUUACAGAUGUCUUGGCCUCUUCUGAGCCCAAACCGGGCUGUCCAGCUGAUCUGCAGGCUCUGGCUACGCAGUACUUCUCAGACAAACGCUCUGUGAUCGAGCAGGAGGAGCUCAAAUUGCAGAACUCCUGUUUCCUGUCCAGCAAUGACCUGACGCACAGCCUCUCCUCUUAUCUGAAACAGGUUUGUCCCAAGUGGGCAAAGAUCCAAAAGCAGCACACAGCGAAGAGCUCCGUGGUUCUGCUCAUCGUCUGCAGCUCUGCUCUCCGAACCAUUGAGCUCAUCAAGCAGCUGACUACUUUCAAGGGUGAAGCCAAGGCGUUAAAACUUUUUGCAAAACAUAUCAAGGUGGAGGAGCAGGUAAAGCUGCUGCAAAAAGGCGUCACCCACAUUGGAGUCGGGACACCAGGCAGGAUCAGUGCUCUCAUUGAGAAAGAUGGUUUGAACUUGCAGGCGUUGAAAUACCUCAUUCUGGAUUGGAACUGGAGGGACCAGAAGCUCAGGAGGAUGGUGGACAUUCCUGAGAUCAAAGUGGACUUCAUGAAGCUGCUGGAGAACGGCAUCCUAGCUGGCUGUAAAGAAGACAGGGUCAAAAUUGGACUAUUUUAACAUUGUGGAUUUGCUUCGUGCUGAUAAUCCACAUGACAACCCGAUGUUUUAAAGCGACCUACUGAUGUUCCUCGCAACAUGCUGAGGGGCCUCUUCCUGUUUGUUUUCCCUUUGUGUCGAGCACAGUGUGAAUCCUGCGUGCCGCCUUCAAUAUUUUCAGAGUCUGUGUGAAAUGUAUGGCGCUGUUUGUUCGCUCUUGUAGUCCAGCGCAAUCUGCCAGUGGUGAUGGAUUGAAUAAACGGACUCAGAAUGAAA